AUGGCAUCUAAUGUUACAGUUCAAUCAGUGUUGGAAAAGAUUAGUGUGGAUCAUCUGGAAUGCUCCAUCUGCACCAACCGUUUCAGGCAGCCCAAACUGCUGGACUGUUUGCAUAGUUUUUGCCUGCAAUGCCUCCAAGAGCUCAGACAGAGCCAAGAUCCUAGUGGUACAAAGCUGACAUGUCCUCUGUGCAGACGAGAAACCGUGUUGAAAGGGUCUGGGGUUGCUGAUCUUCCUAAUAACUUUGCAUUCAGUGCCCUGGUGGAGGAAGUUACAAUGCAGGAAAAGCUACUGGAAGGUCAAGGGUCAGAGAUCAAAUGCCAAGCCUGUGAUGAGGAGAAUCAGGCAAUUUCGAGAUGCAUGGACUGUGAUCAUUUCCUCUGUCAAGAAUGUCAAAAGGCACAUGGACGUAUGACUUUGAUGAUGAAAUCUCACAAAAUAUGUACACUGGCUCAACUUCAAUCAGGAGAGAUUGUCUACAAGAGUAAACUAAGAGAAAAAGUUCCAAAAUGUGGCAAGCAUCCUGAUCAGAAUCUCAAUGUCUACUGCAACUCAUGUGAGCAAGUCAUAUGCACAACUUGUUCUGUACUUGAUCAUGCAAAACACUCACUCACUGGAUUACCUGAGGCAGUAGAGAAAUGUAAGAAGAGGGUCACAGAAAUGGUCCAAAAAAGUGAGAGAAGAAAAGCAGAAUUGAGCACCACCAUCAAGGAGACGUCCAAAUCUCGCAAGGAGCUGGACGCCAUGUUUGCCAACACUCAAAAAAAAAUCUCCAAAAAGGCUCAACAGGAGAUUACAAAGCUCCAACAGGAGGUUGCAAAGAUCCAAAAGGAGAUUACAAAGAUCCAAAAGGAAGAACAGAAAUUGUUGAAAGAGACAGACACAAUUUAUAAAGACAAAACCAUAGCUUUUGAAGCUGUUCAAGCAACCAACAGGAAAGAGGUAACACAGACAGAGCACAAGCUGGAGGAGGUCAAACAACUCAUGAAUCAAGCAAGUUGCUAUGAGAUUCUUGAACUCCAACAGAAGCUCUUGCAUAACCUCAGUGAAUUGACAGGGAAACAGCCACAGCAAGUUCCUGACAAGUUGACCUUCAUGGACUUUGAAGAAGGUGAGAGGUCACUUGGGAGACUCAUUCUGAAAAAAGAAGAGCCAAAGGCUGUAGCAAAGCAAUCACCAAGACCUGCACGAUCAUGUGUGAAGGACAAAUGGGAACUGAAGACUGAAGUCAAGAGCUUUGAUUACGAACGUACAUUGAUAAAACAAGUUGCAGCACUCUCUAACAAAACAAUCCUUGCACUAUCUCAAACACCAGUUAUCUUUACAUUAUUGCAGGGAACGAGUAAUACACUAUUCACAAUUGCAAUUCCCAAUAGUCAUCAGCAACUAAUUCCUAUCCCACAACAGCUACAAAUCAAUGGCAUGAAGUGUAUUGCAGCGAGCAAGGAUGACAAGCUCCUUGCUCUAGAUGGUCGAUUAGUCAAGGUCUUCAACAAGCAACAUCAGCUCCUCCAUCAGUUCACACCACGUAGAGGGUCAGACAGCCAACCAACAUGCCUUGCAGUGGAUGACAGCAAUCUGAUAGCCGUGGGUUAUGAAGACAAGAAGGAGAUAUCUCUACACAACCCAGAUGGAUCCCUCAUCAGGAGACUGCCUGCUCCAAUGAUCGAUGAUUAUCUGACAAUGUACAAUUAUCACCUUAUCUACACAACACGAUUAACAAAAAGGUUGGUAUGUGUAGACUACUAUGGUGCCAGUGUAUUCUCAGUAGACAUGACCAGCAGCAUACAGGGGAGUUGGGGCCCUACUGGUGUGUGCUGUGACAGUGAUGGCAGCAUCUAUGUUGCUGUGUAUGGAUAUCCAACAGGUGAUAUUCUGCAUUACAGUCCUGAUGGCAAGUACAUUGGAUGUGCGAUCAAGGACUGCGGUCAUCCAUGUGGCAUGACAUUCACAUCGGAUGGUGAUCUGGUAGUGGCUGCAGUAAAGUCUGUACAGGUCUAUUACCGCGUGUGAGGACAGAAUAAUUACACCAGAGAAUAUGGAAAAGUAAAGGAAAUUAAAUAAGCAACACCCGUUCAAACUAAAAUUCUCACGGUAUCCGAAAUAUCCAAAACUUCUUUUCCUAACACAAACAGAACUGAAAUUGGGAAAUAGGUAUUCCCCGCAUAAUCAUUUUCCCCACAUAAUUUAUUUUUUCAGUUGCUGAUAACUGAAGGAUUCCAUAUGCAUAAUUACUUGGUUACUGCAGACUUUCUUUGCCAACUACAUGUAAUAGCUGUAAUUGUAAGCAUAGACUUCCAUUGUUACAUGUAGUUGCCAGUGCCAUAAAAUUAAAAUCAGCACUCAUCUUGGAAGUCAGGUAAAAUCCCAUCAUGCAAAUGUUAAUAAUCCCCUUUAAUGGAUAACACUUGUAACAAACCAUCAUCCUUGCCUACCGUUUUUCAUACCCUAGUUUUCUAAAAUAGAAAUGUAAUAAAACCGAUGAUCUUACUCUAAGGAGUGGGAAAUAAGAGAUAGAAUAUUCUCAGUUUUGAGAAUCAAAAUGUGAUAGCCAUCUCAAAAAUAGAAAGGAUGUACAUUAUGUACAAAGCUUGGUUGAUUUUAUUACUGACCUUUUAAUUUUAAAAAUCACUCAAAUUGCAGAUCCAUUUGAAAUAAUUUGAUGACUGAUUAUCACUGGUUCAUCAAUCUUGGAUAAAGGCUUUGUAAAAAAAAAGUACCAAUUCAUAGAGUUUUUGUUUACUCUCCCUGUAAAGACAGCCGCAGCUUUCUUUUAGGGAAAGAAAACAGUCAAGCUACUGUUGAUUGGAAUGCUGUAAAAUUGUGUGGCAAUUUAUCUGUACAUAAUCGUCGCCAUUUUGACAAUGUGACAAAUCAAUGACGAAACAAUUUGAUUUGUUUUACAUUCUAACUGUACAUAAUUCCAACAUUUUUAGACACAAAAUUGUUUCAUUCAUUAAUAAGGCUAAUAACACAAAGAGGUGAAUG